AUGGCUUGGUUGCUUAGCUUGUUCUUUUUCUUUCUCGUCUCUUCUGUUACUGCUUGUGAUCGUUGUAUUCAUCGGUCCAAAGCUACUCAUUAUUAUGGAGAUUCACCUACUUCAUAUGGAGGAGCAUGUGGUUAUGGGGAUUUGGCAUUGGAAUUUACCAAUGGCUACUUUUCAGCUGCUGUGCCUUCUCUAUACAAACAAGGAGCUGGCUGUGGAGCAUGUUUUCAGGUAAGAUGUAAGGACAAAAGACUAUGCAAUACAGCAGGGGCCAAAGUGGUAUUAACAGAUCAAAAUUAUGAUGGUAGAGCAGAUUUUGUUCUCAGUAGAAAAGCUUUUUCAGCCAUGGCUUUAAAAGGAAAAGGUCAAGAACUUUUGAAUACUGGAAUUGUUGAUGUAGAAUACAAGAGGAUACCUUGUGGAUACAAAAAUAGAAAUUUGGCCGUACGAGUUGAAGAAUCAAGUUAUAAUCCAAAUUAUUUGGCUAUUAAACUUUUGUACCAAGGUGGCCAAACAGAGAUAGUAGCUGUCGAGAUAGCCCAGGUCGGUUCAUACGAAUGGGUGAGCUUAAGCAGAAACUAUGGGGCAGUUUGGGAUACAAAUAAAGUACCCCAAGGAGCAUUACAAAUGAGAAUGGCAUUUACUUCAGGAUACGAUGGAAAAUGGGUUUGGGCAGAAUAUGUUCUUCCUGCUGAUUGGAAAAUUGGAGUGAUUUACGAUACUGGAGUUCAAAUUUAUGAUAUUGCUAAAGAGAGUUGCUCUGCAUCACAAUGUGGUGAUAAACCAUGGAAAUAA